UAUAAUGCCUCCAUUUGUGCUUGGGUAGAGUUAAAUAUCAACUAGCGCACACCUAAAAAUUCGUAUUUUCGCUAGAUUGCUAAAAGUUUUCGAGAAUAUCUUACUUGUGUAGCAAGCAUCGGCGAUGAAUACAUCCAAAGAACGUAAAACGAUGAAGCUUGAGAAGAGUCCACAGGCAGUGAAGUUGGAAUCUCUGGUCGAGAUGGCUGAUGGCGAAGUUACGUCGAACAGCUUCUGUCGGAUAUGUUUGCUGAAGCAACCAAAACUGUUGCCGCUGAUGAAUCGUAUCGAUGGAGUAAUGAUUCCGGAGAUGCUCUACAAGCUAUGCGGUCGGCAGAUAGAGGUGCAGGACAGCUACCCAAAGAGCGUCUGCGAACGUUGCCUGUGUCUGCUAGACAGUGCGUUUAGUUUUUUGAACCUGUUCCACCAGCAGGACGAACAGUUACGUAGCUUCUACUGGAACGGAUCCGUUGUGGAGCAACUGAAAACAUACCAGCAGAGCGAGGAUAAUACUGUCGAUAAACGCAUCGAAGCAUUGUUUCAACGCAAUGGUAACAUUUUUACUGAACCACCAAAGGACGUUUGCACCGCUGCUACCAUGACCGACUCCCCCGAGGUAACUAGUGUUGGCGUAAAUACCGAGCCGAAAAAGCAAUCCGUGGAGGCAGAUGAGAUGGACUUUAUCGAAAUUGAGCCGGAGGAUGGAUAUAUUGCGUACAGUGAUCUUGGCGAAACUGAUUCGGAGGAACAGGUGCUUGAAAUGAAGAUAGAUGUACUGAACUCUCGAGAUCCUUCGGAUGCGGAAGAAAGGGUACGAAAACGGCAUGCAAGGAUUGCGAAUCUUCAUUCGGCGCGUCGAACAGAGUUUCCAACGGUUCGUACAAUGGAACGACCAAAAGAAAGUGCGGAGGACGAUCCGUUUGAAGAAAUGGACGAACAAGAGUUGGAGGAAAUGGACCAAGGCGACACGGACGAUCAGUCACAGAAUGACCAGGAGUACGAAGACAGUGAAUCGAGACAAGACCCCGAGGAGAGCCUUGAAGUGAUCGAUCCAUUUCGCUGCUACAUUUGUGAUCACCUGGCAGAAGGUGACGAGCAGCUAGAGGAGCACCUUGAAUCGCACACCCUAAUGCUGCCUUACGAUUGUAAGAAGUGUGCAGCUGAAGGUGCGAAUCUUCCCCGUUUCAAGACAGUGUCGUCGUUGCAAAACCACUUUCGUUCGCAUCACUUCCAUCACCGGUGUGAUGUGUGUGGAAAAAGGUUCCAGCGCAAAUCGCUACUAAUGACGCACCGUGAAAGCCACGAGGAGAAUGAAUACGAGUGCGAUGAAUGUGGACGCAAAUUUUCACAUCGCAAGACCUGGCACAAUCAUAUUCAACGCCACAUGGCAAUGCGUGCCGAAGUUUUCAAGUGCGAAGUCUGUGAAAAGGUGUUCGGUAACAAAUCACGUCUCGUACGACACCUGCAGGUGCAUACCGGCGAGAAACCUCACACGUGUCGUUACUGUAACAAAGGCUUUUCCGAUCGACACCAGCUGCAGUGCCACACGGAGAAACACAUCAAGGACGAGGAAUGUCAGUGCGAAGAGUGUGGAAACACGUUUCCGGAUCACCGACGACUCGAUGAACACAAAGUCAAAGAACAUCUGCGAGGAGCGGAGCUGGAAGAGUUUCUCGCCCGAAAGAAGAAGCCACCGCGACGCUCGAUCAAACUGCAAAACGACCGUUGCCAAUACCCAGGCUGCGAUUAUACGGCCAAAACGUACGGUGCAAUGUAUGUCCACAAGCGCACAAAGCAUUUGAGCAACAUUCAGUGCGAAUUGUGCAACAAGGCAUUCGCCUUCAUGAAUCAGCUAAAGGUACACAUGAAGCUGCACACAGGCGAUAAACCGUUCGAGUGUGAGAUUUGCAAUCGCAAGUUCCGGCGCUCGUUCAGCUACCGCGAGCAUAUGGAAAUGCACAAGUCGGACACCAGCUACGUUUGCAUGAUUUGUGAAAAGAGCUUUAAACGACCGCGUUAUCUGCAGGCACACAUGCUAACCCAUACGUCGAAUCGCAAAUUUACCUGCCAGAUCUGCGAUUCAAGCUACAAGACGAACGGCGAACUAAAGAAGCACUGCCGAAACAAGCACGAUAUAGACAUCUCAAGACAAAACACAUUUCAAGACGGGGAAGAGACUAAUGAGGUGUACGUAGUAGAAUAUGUUUGAAGAGAGCCAGAGGCUUGGUUUGGUCAUUGUAAAAGAUGAGAGGUGGUGAUGUCAUAAUUACCGAUAUCUAUAAUUAGUGGUUCUAUAAUCUAUUACUGAUUUCUAUCGAUUUUGAUAUGUAAAAGGACAUGUACGUCAAAUAGCGUACUUUUUGCAUAAUACACUCAUAUGCAUUGGUUCGAUAACAUUGUUUAGCAAAAAUGCUCUACGAUGUUGGUACAGAAGGAGCAUUAAGAAUACAACAUGAUAAACCUUAAUUAACCUUAACCGAAAUUUAGAAAAUAUGUGCUCUGUAUCCGCGUAAAGGAGCAUAUGUGUUCCGUUUAAUACACCAUACAAAUUACAUUGAAUAUCUACCACUUCACAACUUGCAAACCAUUUUGUAGAAUCGUUGCACCAGGUUAUUAAGAUCUAGCAAUUGAUCAUGAGCUACAUUUGCUUUGAAUUUAAGUUUUUAAAUUUUACUAUAUAAGGCCCAACAAAAAUUCGGUAGACGACACAAGCUUCUAGGAAGAUUUUUUUGGUUCUUGUAUCUUAAUGCCCUGGUAAUAAAUAAUUGUGCAUACCUUAUUCAAAACAAGGUGUUGAGAUAGUA